AUGAGUGCAACAGUAAUUUCUAAAAAUAUCCUCUUGGUUGGUAAUUCCUUUGGUGGAUACUCCACUUUGAAAUCGUUGGUUAUCAAUUUGACCAAUACUUCAAAGACCUACUUAAACCCAACAAAUUCACAAUUAAAUGUCAAUAUCACUCUUUUGGAACCAAGAGAUGGGUUGGUUAAUAUCUUGGGGAUUCCUUUAUCAAUAAUUGAUCCCAAAUAUGCUGCCACAACUUAUUUCAACUUUGAUCAAAAUACCACUAAUUUGCCAAUAAAUUCUAAAGACUCGUUAUCUCUUUCUAAUCAUGUUCAGGUCAAGAUCAAUCACGUAAAGGAAUUUUGCAGAUUUCUACAUCCAGACCAUGCUAUCACAGACAAAGACCAGGUCUUAAAUUUUGAUUACUGUGUUUUAGCAACCGGCAGAAAAAGAGAUUGGCCAUUUGAUCCAAAGGGAUUAACCAAAAAUGAAUUUAUAAAGGAAAUGGAAGAAUCUUUAAAGCAAAUUGAAGAUGCAAAAUCAAUUGUUGUUGUUGGUGGUGGUGCAUUAGGUGUCGAAGUAGCGGGGGAGAUAAAACAACACUACCCAGAUAAAUCAGUUAAACUAAUCCAUCCACAUGCAACGAUUUUGAAAGAGCCAAAAUUGCCUAAGGAAUUUACUGAAACUUCAACCAAGCUUUUACAGGAUAAGAUCGGCAAAGAAAACACUCUUUUAAAUACAAGAGUUUUGUUUGAAGAAAAAAAAAAAGGAGAAGAAUCAAUAACUGUAGUCACCAAUAAUCCCCAAAAUAAAUUGAAAUGUGAUUUGGUUUUGUGGUGCAUUCAUCAUUCAAACAAUAUUAAAUUUCUUGAUUACAAAGAUUCCAAAUUUGCUGAUUCAAUCAAUGAAAAGAAUGAGCUCAAAAUUAAUGCUGAUUGUUCUGUGAAAGGGUUUGAAAAUAAAAUUUUCGCUACUGGUGAUAUUACAGACUUGGACGUGAUCAAGAGUGCAGGGGGAGCUGUUUUCUGUGGCAAUAUAAUUGGCGAAAAUAUUACAAAAUUAAUACUAGCUCCAUCAGAAAUAUUGAACCAAGUUGCUGUCUGGGGUCCUGGAAUGGCCAUCACUUUUGGAAACAACACCACCAUAAGCUACCAAAGAGAUACUCAGAAGACAGAGGUCAACAAUCCUGAGAUUUUGGAAUUCUAUAAGACCUAUUGCAAUUCCUACCUUGCUGCCAACCUUGGCCUACAAUAA